UGAUGUCCUACUUGAAGGUUUAAAGUAAAAACUUCAACAUGAAGCUAGCAGUGCUGGUGAUUUUGUGCUCCCUUUCGGUUUACGCUCAUCCAUCAUUAAAAGCAGCCGAAAUAUGCACUGCAGAUAAGUGCAAGAUUGAAGAUGAUUGUCGUUGUUCUUCACGUAUUAAUCCAAUUAAUAAUGCAGACGAUCCAGCACCACAACUUAUAGCGAUUACCGUUAGUGAAUCCAUUGUUCAGACGCUUUAUGAUAACUACUUGCAGCCUUUGUUUUUUGACAGAACAAAUCCUGAUGGUAGUCCAGUUGGUCUCACCUUUUAUGUACCACACGAAUACACCGACUAUUAUUUAGUGCAAGAUCUCUAUUUGCGUGGAUACGAAAUUGGAGAUCAUUCAAUAACAAAAACACCUAAUCAAACAUACUGGCGUGAAGCUACUCCUGACGAUCUAGAGCAAGAAUUCAGUGGACAAAAGACUAUUAUAUCAACUUUUGCAAAUAUUCCUGCUGAAGAUAUUGUAGGAGUUAGAACUCCUCAGCUUCAGAUAGAAGGAGAUACUAGUAUUAAUGCUUAUGUGACUUCUGGUCUCGGUUACGACAAUUCUUGGCCGACAUAUUCCACAGAACGUAUUUUGCCUUAUACUUUGACGUAUGCUUCCAAUCAAAAGUGUUCUGCUACGAUACAAUGUCCAAAAGAUUCACAUCCUAAUUUUUGGGUGGCACCUAUAACAAACAUCAAAGGCGCUAAUAAUACAGAAUGCAAUUCUCUGGCAACGUGUUUGGUGGCGGGAACUGCCGACGAAAUUGCUACUUGGCUAUAUAAUGAAGUAGAUGCAGUUAGAAAUGAUAACCGCGAACCGCUAACCCUUCGCUUAGAUUCAUACUGGUUCUUGUUUACUGAGAAUAGCUACGAAGGGUUUGUAGCAUUUUUGGAUAAAAUUAAAAGUCUUGAUGAUGUAUUCUUGGUAUCGGUUCAAGACAUAUUGCAGUGGAUUAAGAAUCCCGUUUCUGCAAGUCAGUACAAAGUACCUGAUCACAGUGGUCGGACGGCAGAUUGCCAUAAAAUUAGUUGUCGUCUCAUGAAUGAAGACAAUCAAGAGAGAUACAUGAUGAGCUGCGUUCCAUGUCCAGCAGUUUAUCCUUGGAAGGGCAAUCCUCUUGGCGAAGCUUCUAAGUAACCAGUAAAAUGACGCUUUCUAAGAUUUUAUUAGUCGUCUUGAAUUUUAAACGAACACUUUAGUGCUGUAUGUGAUACAUUUGAAAAUCAAAUAAAUAAUUUCACUGAAGUACAA